GAUACCUCUUUAAGUUAGAUUUUUCAUGAACAGAUUAGGAUUGCAACAGUAUAUAGACAUACUACGUUUAAGUAGUCACUUACUUAUUCAAUAUCAAUAUGCACCCGAAGAUGAAUUCGGCGCCCCAUCAACCGAGGUCCCAUGGCUGCUUAGUGUUAUUGUGGCUUGCUGUGUCCGAUGUUUUCUGUGUCUUACGAUUUCCGGACGAAUAUUACGAUGUUCGAUGGCCACUUCAGUUCGAGGACUGCACGAGCCCAGAUAGAUCUACUCUAGCACAGAAGAAGAUGCCGACAGCGGAUUGUUUGGAGUCCUUGCGAAAAAAUAUGCUCGACGAUCUCGAUUGCACCGCUAUCACACCGGACAACGGCUACUACAUUGUGCACGAUGUCGACAAGUGGACGCUAGAUCUCUGUGCGGAUUAUGUUAACCUCUUCAAGACUUCCUUCAGCGCUGUUCAGCUUGUGGGGGAAAGCAGAAAAAACACGGACUCUGAGGAAAUCGCAGUCGGAGCGGAGCUUUUUUUGCAGCGAAUACAAGAAUCCGGUUUUCAGUCGGCGUGGGACUCGUUUGUAGCUCGCGUACGACGACGGUCGCGCGUCUUUCACGAAUGGGGAGAACAGAAAGAGCAAGAUGAGUCUAGCAAGGCAGGCGUCACGACCAGCGGAGCCAAGGACCAUGAAUCAAACAAAGAAACUGGAAAGCAUCACUCCAGUAAUGGAAAACAACAAAACCGGCAGUCAUAUUUGGACGAACGGGAUAUCAUAUUCACAGGGCUUAGCCCGCAUUUCGAUUGUAACCGGGGAUCACUCGAUACAUCCGAUCAGGUUGAGGAAGCACCAUCUUCACCAUCUUCUUGUCCCUCCGUGCUGCUGACGUCUGCGGAUGGAGUACCAGUAGGUUCUGCAGCUGUGGGCGAUGCUGCGUUGGCAGUGGCAGGAGCACAGGAAGAAAAACAAAAGGCAGCACGCGAAUCUCUUUCACAUGAUCGUUCGGAUAGUACUGCAGAGGUAGAAGUGGACGCCAAGGGUGUACCGAAUACGCCAAAAACCGAAGGAUUCGUCAUUCUUGCCCAUCCGGAGGUGGAAGACCGCUAUGCAACGCUGAAUCGGCCACCACGCUACGCAAAUACAACCAUAGCUAUUGCGCAGCGUCACUUCGAAGCAUUGCGGGAAGAGAUUGAUCGGAAACUCGCAACGUUUACCGCUGAGCCUGCUUUAUCUUCCUCUAGGAAUGAGAUAGUCUCAACUAUGCAGGCAAUAGCAGAAGAGAUACAUCGUCGCGCGUGUCUACUGAUUGAGAACUGGAGCAUGAGUGUCUUGGUGAAUUUUCACUUGUGGCAACUCGAGGAAAUGGGAGAUUUCGAAAAAGACAUGCUGCGCAAACUGGUCCCUCAUGGCUGGACAAAAUGGCAAACAGCGGGAUACGAAGAGAGUAAUAGUGAUGAGCAGGAUAGUCGAGAAAACGAUCAGGUUGAUACAAGAGCUAGUUCAGGUAGUUCUGCAGGUACCAGUGCCAGUACUGCGAUCGCCCGCGAGGUCGGAAAAAACGAGGCAAGGAUCGUGGCAACUCCGUAUAUUUUCGUGGACAUCGGGCCCAAGCGGUGGAAUGUGUUGACUUACUUGAUCAACACUCUGCUGACUCUACGUGGAGGUCGCGCCUUGAGCAUGGUCGAGGUGGGCAUCGACACAGCGAAUUCGACCGAAAGACUGCUGCAGCAGUACUCCGGUUCCCAGCUUCGCUUGCACGUCGGAGUUGACCCCUACAAGAACCACCCUGCUCUCCCGAACAAGAACGGGGACGAGAUGUACGCACAUGUUUCGGGAAAGCUGUCCAAGUUUGGUGACCGGUCUAGUUUGGUGCGCGACACGAGUCUGGAAGCAGCGGCGCUGUUCCCGGACACCACCGUCGGAGGUGGGACCACGACUGAUCCUUCCGCAAGUAGAACAUCACUAGCAUCAUUCGCGCCAAGCGCCGGUUUCGAGCUCAUUUUUUUGGACGCGCGUCACGACUACAAAGCAGUGGCGGAAGACGUCACGCACUGGAUAAGGAAACUAGCUGCGACAGGACCCGCAGUCCUGUGCGGACACGAUUUUCAGUGGCAGUAUCCCGGCCUCCCUAUGGCUGUUGCGGCGAUCGCCCGCAGACUCCGCAAACAAGCCUACCUCUCUAGCGACGGCAUGUGGUGGUUUCAGUUUGGCUUUUAAGGAAGCUGCCCUCGGUUCUGACCUUCGGUUUUUUCGUUUAGUCACGAAAAUAGUGGCUACGAAAAGCUAAAAUGCGUUGCUUAACGAAAACGAUGAUGGCCUCAAAUACAGCUUCGCGCUCGUGUGUCGAUGGACACACUGUGAAUGAUGUGAUCCCUUUCAGACGCAUCUCCGUGUCCUUGUUUGCGGUAUCCGAGAAGUUGAUGUUCAAUAUUUGGAUCCGGAUCGGUGGACUUCCUCUAAACUACCUGGUUGUAUGUCCACUGGUUGCUGCAUUGCCAUUUCUGUUUCGCAUUCGAUCCUUCAGCUACCGCUUAUUUUCUUGAUGGCAAAUCCUAUUAACG